UCCACCACCCAAACAAUACCUGCUCUGUGGUGGUUCUAUGGUUUGUCCUGACCAUUGAUGGUGGAAAGACACCACCACAGGACCACCAGUGACCAGAUAUCAUUUGGGUGGUGGAUCAUUCACACAGCACUCACACAGUAGGGACAUUAGUGUUUAUGGAUGGGAUUUUGAAACACUGUGAACACUUACUGUCCACUCUAUUAGACACACCUUGCUUAUAGGCCCACCUUGCUGGUGUACAGUUGGUGACUGUAGAUCAUGUUUUUAUAUGUGAAUCACUUCUUGGAUCUGGCUUGUAACUCAGUCAGUUUGAGUGCUACAACAGUGACACAGUGUCUUUGUUUAUAGUCUUAUGGUGGUUUGUUAAGCCAGGUUACCCCUGUUUUACCCUGAUUUCCUAUAGUCAUGACACACACUGACCUAUUCCUACUUAAGGCUGUAAAUACACUGUGAAGUAUCAUUGAUCCUUAAACACACGGGCACACAGCUAACGCUCUGUUAUGUUCAGCUGGAUGCAUGUGUUUGUGACGUUAAUGUGUGUGAAGGCUCAUCAGAUGCACGUGAGUUCCCCCUGCGCUGGCUAACAAGAUUCACCUUCUUUAAGAUCCUUAGAGCCAUAAUCAGUAGUGCAGCAGAGCAGUGAGGGAAAGAGAGACAAGCAAGAGGAGUGACUAGACCGGACGAGUGGAUGCUACAGGUGUAAAGAGCAGUGACUUGAGUGUCUUUCUCUUAGAGUGAGACUGAGAGUGUUGUUCCAGAUGGCUGUUUGUGGAUAAAAUUGUGAAGACACUGCUUUUCUACAGGUAAAAUGUUUCAGACAAAACUGACUGACCACACAGGCUGCUGUGUCUACUGAACAGAAAACACACAAAAAAAUGGUUCUUUCUCUCCUUUUUUACUAGAUUGUAAAAGAAAUAGAUUAGUUCUGUUUAAUAUUUCUUUCUGUGUCUAUGUAAAAUGUGCAUUAUAGUUUGUGUGUGUAAGUCAAAUAUUGUGUGUGUGUCCUCACAGGUCUCGCUCUCUGAGUCAUCCCAGUAGAUCGCUGUCUGAUAGUCUGUCUGCUGACCUGCUGUCUGUCUGUUGAUAACAUUUCACUCACUCGCUCACACACAGAAGCAACUAGCUGUAGUUGAGAAGGAUGAGGAAACCGUUUCACAUCCACACAAUUAUUCUUUCUCACAGAUAGCACAGUAGGCCUACCAACACAUACUCACACACAUUCACUUCAGCCCUGUCAUGGAGGCAAUGGCUCAGAAGUCUCUGGUGGCUCCUCUGAAGAAGCUGACAAGUUGUGUGAACGGAGCUGCAGAGAAGGACGUCUGGACAAAACAAAGUUACAAGCAGGGGUCAAAGUGCAGAAGCAGUUACACACGCGACUCUGCUCUGCUGCGAGCCUACCAGGCUGAUCUGGACAGAGAGAGGAAGCUGCGGGAGGCCAUGAACGCUCAGAAGAACGCAGAAAGAGCAGCUAUGAGGGCCCACUUCAGGAGGAAAUACCAGCUUUCACAGAAUGCCAAGGACAGCAGCCAUCUGCAUGCAGUGGGUGGUAAAGUGGCUCUCCCCCCUGAGCUGGCCAGGAUGGUGCGGUCCGACGGCCAGGAGAAGGAUGAAAGCUCUACGCUGCUGAGUGCAUUUCAGAGCCUGAGCUUCAAUAUGGGACUGAUCUCAGGCAGCAAGCAAAGCACACAUGGUAGCACAUCUGACCAUGCAGGACAGUGCAAAAUUAUCAGCAUGAUCACCUCGUCUGUUCGUCUGGUGGUAUGUCCAGCGCUGAGCAGAGCGCUGUCGGCCUCAACCGUGCUUGCAGGAGCUGAAGGAGCGACGAAGGCUGUGCAGAGGAGCAGCCUACAGAGCUUCCAGCAGAUUCCCCACACCGGCAGCAAUGGCUGGAUCAACCUGCUGCGCUUCUGGAGGGAGGGGACCUUCAGCCAGCUCCACAAAUACAUGGAGCAAAAUUUCCACACGCUUGGACCAAUCUACAGGCAGUACCUGGGCUCUCAGUGCAGUGUUAAUAUCUUGUUGCCAGUGGAUAUUGGUGAGCUGUUCCGCUCAGAGGGUUUGCAUCCACGCCGCAUGACCCUGCAGCCGUGGGCGACACACAGAGAGAGCCGCAAACACAACAAAGGAGUCUUCCUCAAGAAUGGAGCGGAGUGGCGUGCUGACCGGCUGCUGCUGAACCGGGAGUUAAUGCUGAGUUCGGCUGUGCGCCGCUUCCUGCCUCUGUUGGAUGAAGUAGCGAGGGAUUUCAGUCAUUUACUGCACCGCAAAGUCCAAACAGAAGGACGAGAGGAGAAUGGGUGCUAUAAUCUGACCCUCGACCCCAGUCCUGACCUUUUCCGCUUUGCUCUGGAAGGGAGCUGUUAUGUCCUGUAUGGUGAGCGGAUGGGUUUGUUCUCAUCUGAGCCUUCACAGGAAUCUCAACGCUUCAUCUCGGCGGUGGAACGCAUGCUGGCCACCACAUCUCCGCUCCUCUACCUGCCUCCCCGCCUCUUGCUCUGCCUACACGCCCCCCUGUGGACCCAACAUGCCACUGCAUGGGACCACAUCUUCAGCCACGCGGAGACUCGAAUUCAGAGGGGUUACCAGCGGCUCCAGGCUGGGGUCGUUAAUGCUGCAGGGGCAGUACAGGGUUCAGUGGGGCAGUUUCCAGGUGUGCUGGGCCAGUUGAUGGAGAGGGGUCAGUUACCCCUGGAACUCAUCACAGCCAACAUUACAGAACUGAUGGCUGGAGGCGUUGACACGACAGCAGUUCCUCUGCAGUUUGCUCUCUUUGAGUUGGCACGAAACCCUAGUGUACAGGAGCAAAUGCGUGCACAGGUGCAAACCUCAUGGUCACAGGCAGCGGGGAAUCCCCAGAAGGCACUACAGGGAGCACCGCUGCUGAAAGGGGCAGUGAAGGAGACUUUGAGGCUGUAUCCUGUGGGGAUCACAGUGCAGAGGUACCCCAUCCGAGACAUCGUGCUGCAGAAUUACCACAUACCUGCUGGGACGCUGGUGCAGGCGUGUCUGUAUCCUCUGGGCCGCAGUCAGGAUGUGUUUCGGGAGCCUGAUCGCUUUGACCCGCACCGUUGGGGGCCAGGCAGUGAGGAGGGCACCACGGAGUCAGGCUCAGGGAUGGGGUUCCGCUCAUUACCAUUCGGUUUUGGAGCGAGGCAAUGUGUGGGCAGGAGGAUCGCCGAGAAUGAGAUGCAGCUACUGCUCCUGCAUAUUCUGAGGAACUUCCGCCUGAGCGUUUCAUCGAAAGAAGAGCUCAAAACCAAAUACACACUCAUCCUUCAACCAGAGUCUCCGCCCUCCAUCAACUUUACCACUCUUUCACACAGUUAAGUUAUUGAACCAUCAGUCAGUAAACCAAUGUCACUCAGCUGAUCAGUCAAUACCUGGAAUUUCAGGUUUCACAGAAACAUAAACAAAAUAAUCCUUGAUCACCACUAAUCAAUAUGCAGUUUCAUUAUGAGUGAUUGCUAGCUCAGGAUAAAAUAAAAAGAUAGUAUUUUUGAUUUUUUUUUAUCACUCUUUAGUUUGAUUUGUCAUCAGUUUUGGCCUUAAUUGAAGAACUUUAGCAAAUUCAUGGAGAAUCAACUUGUGUUCAGUCUACUUACAUUUAGGCUAUGUUCACAUUAGUGUUAUUGCUCAGUUUAAUUUUUUUGCAAAUAUUUUUGUCUUAGUGGUUUAC